AUGACCGCAAACGUGACGGACCUGUCGCAGUUGCCCCCGUCGGCCAUGUCGGAUGUGGGUCUGGCCUCCCAUCUGGCCGCCAGAUACCACCAGGGCAUGCCCUUUGCUACCAUUUCGUCUCGAACCCUGGUCAUGAUCAACACAUACACCCCCAUGGACGAGCAGCGCAAGGAACCUCUCAACGCCUUUUCCAUUCAGAUCUUCAACCGAAUGGUCAAGCGGGGUGAGUCUCAGCUGGUUCUAUUCCUAGGAGAGAGUGGUAGCGGCAAGACCGAGUUCAAGAACAGCAUUCUUUUCAGUUUAUUGACACUGUCCAACAACCCCCUUUCAACGAAGAUCAAAAAUGCAGAAUUCAUCACCUCAGCAUUCACCUGCUCCAAGACACUCACCUCAACCCAGGCCUCUCGAGCCGGAGUGGUGGCCGAACUCCAGUACGCCGCAGACUCCACUCUGAUCGGAGCCUCCUUCCUGGACUACCGACUUGAAAGGUCUCGAAUUACAAAGGUGCCUACCGCCGAAAGAAACUUCCAUGUCUUCUACUACCUCCUCGCUGGUAUCAGUGCAACCGAACGAGAGUAUCUGGAGCUUCCUGACCCCUCUGAAUCCCGAUCUUUCCGAUAUCUCGGCCACCAGAGCCAAGUCAAGUCUGGCAUCAAUGAUGCGGAGCGAUUCACCCAUCUGAAGGGUUCCAUGGCCUCCCUGGGCUUCUCCAGAAGUGAUAUGGCCAACAUGUCUCAGAUUCUGGCAGCUGUCCUGCACCUAGGUCAGAUCCAGUUCAAGUCCACUGGAAACGACGGCACUAGCGGUCCUGCUGUUGAAAUUGCCAACCCCGAGGAACUCAACCUGGUGGCCAACUUCCUGGGAGUGCGAACCACCGUGCUGGAAAACGCUAUGGUGUACAAGACCGUGAUGAUGCGAAACGACCGAGUCACGCUGGUUCUUGACCAGAAGGGAGCCCGAGAGUCUGCAGACACUCUUGCCCGGUGCCUGUAUGCCAUGCUCUUCUCUUGGGUACUUGAGCAGAUAAACGUGCUACUCUCACAGACCUCUGAGGAUGACAGCACCGGGGAUGUCAAGGAGAACACCCUGGUCGAGACCAGUAUCACUCUUGUGGACUUCCCCGGUUUCAACGUGUCUCCUGCCGUCCCCACUCUCGACCGUCUUCUUCACAAUGCCGCCAAUGAAAAGUUCUACCAGUUUGUCCAGUCCAUCUACUUUGAGAACAUGACUGAUCUGCUGGAGUCUGAGGACAUCGUGGUGCCUACGGCCGAGUACUUUGACAACUCCGACAUUGUGCGGGCUCUAUUCAAACCUAGUUUGGGAAUUCUUUCUGUUGUUGACGACUAUUCCCGACGAGAUAAGUCAGACAGUCAGCUUCUGGACUCGCUGAGUAAACGGUUUUCUAAGUCCACUGUUGUGGAGUCUCCCUCUUCGCCUCGAUCUUUCCUGGUUCGUCAUUUUGCCGGUGAGGUUGAGUAUGGAACUGACCAUCUUCUUGCUGACAAUGCCGAGUCGAUCUCUGGAGACACAGUGGCUGUGUUCACUAGUGAUUCCACCUCUCCUUUCCUGCGACAGCUGUUCCACACUGGUGCUGUGCAUGCCGAUGCCUCCAAGGACUUUGGUGGCGAGUAUGUUCAGGCUUCUCUCAACAGUCAGCCUGCUCGACAGCCCAGUUUGGUACGAAAGUCGACUCGACGAAAAGACGCCAAUGGAGGCCGAAGAAAGCAAAAGGCCCGAAACGACGCCUGUGGCCAGUUUGUGUCUUCCGUCGAGGCUCUCACGGACGCGUUUGAAGAGGCCAAUCCUUACUUCGUCAUUUGUCUGAAACCCAACGAUCGAAGAAUUGCCGGUCAAUUUGAUGCUCGAUGUGUUCGACAGCAGAUCAAAUGUUUUGGUAUCACCGAGUUCACGCAGCGAGUCAAGACCACCGAUGUGGGUAUGUUCAUUCCCUUUGCCCGGUUCAUUGCUCUGGCUAAGAAUGAGGAGCAGAUCUACGAUGAUGAUACGUUUGAGGGAGGAGAAGACCGAGUUGUCAGUGCCCAGAUCGUGGGUCACCACGGCUGGAAGGAGCGAGAUGCUCGUAUCGGUCUCACAGGAGUCUUUUUGUCUGAGAGAGCAUGGAAGAAUAUGGUUGAUCCAUCCCAUGCUACUGAGCACGCCAUGGAGGAUGUUCUGAACAGAGAUAUGGGUCUGACCCCUGAGGAUGCUUUCUACUACGAUCAGGACGGAAACCCUGUGGUUGGACAGACUGGCGACAUGUUUAGAUACAAUGCUAACGGCGAGUUGCAAGCCAAGGAGGUUGGCGAGGCCGAGGAUGACGUUGUGGAGAAUGUAGCAGUGACUGGAAAGCGAAAGUUCUGGAUGUUCAUUGUUUGGACACUUACCUGGUGGGUUCCUGAUGCAGCCAUCAAGUAUAUUGGUCGAAUGAAGCGAAAAGACGUUCGAAUUGCAUGGAGAGAAAAGUUUGCCAUCAACUUGCUCAUCUGGCUGGCUUGCGGCGGUGUUGUUCUUUUCCUCGUCGGUUUCCCCAUUCUCAUCUGUCCCACUCAGCAUGUCUUCUCCACUGCAGAGCUGCAGUCUCAUUCCUUUGACAAUGAUCCCAAACAGGCCUUUACCUCCAUUCGAGGCAAUGUGUUUGACCUUACAAAGUUUGCUCCUGGUCAUUAUCCUCCCAUUGUUUCUUCCUCUGCUGUUCUCAAGUACGCCGGUAAGGAUGCCUCUGACAUUUUCCCCGUUCAGAUCUCUGCCGUGUGCAAUGGUAUAAAUGGCCCCAUUGAUGACAUGCUCGUCAUGGGCUCCACCAACAACUAUACCGAUGAGAACGCCCAGUACCACGACUUCCGAUCGUUCCAAAACGACUCUCGACCCGACUGGUACAUGGAACAGAUGAAAAACCUGCGAAUCAACUUCUUCAAGGGCUACAACGGUAUCACUUCCAAGCAUAUCAAGGAGCAAGCCGGUAAGCAGCGAACCAUUGCCUACUUGCACAACAACGUAUACGACCUUACCCAGUAUGUAACUGGAGAUAUGCGAGUUCGAGCCAAAUCCGGCGAGUCUGUCAACAAGGACGUCGACACUCAGUUCCUUGCUAGUGAGGUUGUCAAUCUGUUCCAGACCUACUCUGGCCAGGAUAUAACCAAGAAGUGGGACAACAUGCAGCUUGAUGGAAAUGGAAAACUCGAUAUGAAGGACUGUCUUGACAACCUGUUCUUUGUUGGCAAGCUCGACACUCGACACUCUGUGCAGUGUGAGUUCGCCCGUUACUUCCUGCUGGCAAUUUCCAUUUUCCUUGUUGCCGUCAUUGCCUUCAAGUUUAUUGCCGCACUCCAAUUCUCCAAGCCCAAGAAGCCCGAGGAUCUGGACAAGUUCUACAUUUGCCAGAUCCCCGCCUACACUGAGGACGAGGAGUCUUUGCGACGAGCCAUUGACUCGCUUGCCCGUUCCAAGUACGACGAUAAGCGAAAGCUACUGUUUGUUGUUUGUGAUGGUAUGAUUGUCGGUGCUGGUAACGAUCGACCCACUCCUCGAAUUGUGCUUGAUAUUCUCGGUGUUCCUCCGGAGGUCGAUGCUCAGGCCCUAUCGUUUGAGUCGCUCGGUGAGGGCAACAAGCAGCACAACAUGGGUAAGGUGUUCAGUGGUCUUUACGAAGUCGGAGGCCAUAUCGUGCCCUUUGUUGUUGUCGUCAAGGUUGGUCGACCUACCGAGGUGAACCGACCCGGUAAUCGAGGUAAGCGAGACUCCCAGAUGGUUGUCAUGCGGUUCCUCAACCGAGUUCACUACGGUCUUCCCAUGAACCCUCUAGAGCUUGAGCUGUACCACCAGAUCCAGAAUGUCAUUGGUGUCAACCCUGCUUAUUACGAGUACCUGUUCCAGGUCGAUGCCGAUACCCAGGUUGCUCCCGAUGCUGCUACUCGAAUGAUCUCCGCCUUUCUUCACGACACUCGUAUCAUUGCUCUAUGUGGUGAGACUUCGCUGUCGAACGCGAAGUCUACCAUUGUCACCAUGGUGCAGGUCUACGAGUACUACAUUUCGCAUAAUAUGGCGAAGGCAUUUGAGUCCCUGUUUGGAAGUGUCACAUGUCUGCCUGGUUGUUUCUCCAUGUACAAGAUUGUUGAACUUGACACAGGAAAGCCUCUGUUUGUGUCCAACGCCAUUGUUCACAACUAUAUGAUCAACCGAGUCGACACUCUGCAUCUUAAGAACCUGCUGCAUCUCGGAGAGGAUCGAUACUUGACCACUCUGCUGCUCAAGCACUUCCCCAUGUACAAGACUAAGUUCAUUCGAGAGGCCGAGGCCUGGACCUUUGCUCCAGAUACCUGGUCCGUCUUCCUGUCUCAGCGACGACGAUGGAUCAACUCCACUGUCCACAAUCUGAUGGAGCUGGUGCCCAUGCAGCAGCUGUGUGGUUUCUGCUGUUUCUCCAUGCGAUUUGUGGUUCUUCUGGAUCUCAUGUCGACCAUUGUGCAGCCCGUGCUGGUUGGCUACAUUGUCUACCUCAUCUACCGACUGGCCAGUGACCCCAACAACAUUCCCAUUGCAUCCAUUGCUCUCCUUGGAGCCAUCUACGGUCUGCAGGCGAUCAUUUUCUUGAUGCGACGACGAUGGGAAAUGAUUGGAUGGAUGUUCAUUUACAUCCUCGCCAUUCCUAUCUUCUCCCUUGCCAUCCCACUGUACUCUUUCUGGCACAUGGAUGAUUUCUCUUGGGGUAACACUCGUGUUGUUCUCGGAGAGAAGGGUAAGAAGAUGAUUCUUAGCUCCGAGGGAAAGUUUGACCCUGCUGAGAUUCCCAUGCAGCGAUGGGAGGACUACCAGGCCGAAAACUGGGAGGAGGAUGAUCUGCACGACCAUGAGCAGUACGACCGACGGUCUAACUUUGACCAGAUGUCGUCCUACGAUGCUUACCAUGACUCUCCUUUCAUGGACGAAGUGUCAAUGCAUCAGAACGAGUCCAAGGUGGGUCUGUUGUCCACUCCGGAUCCUGCCCCCGUCAUGUCCCACAACCUGCCUUCCAAUGAAGAAAUCACUGAAGGUGUUCGAGAUAUCCUACGAACAGCUGAUCUCAUGUCCGUCACCAAGAAGAGUAUCCGACGGUCGCUGGAGGAGAGAUUUGGCUGUUCGCUUACCCCCAAGAGAGACUACAUCAACUUUGUGGUUGAGGCCAUCCUCUCUGGCGAACUAUAA